GGGCGCGCCCUGCUGUGACAAGCGGGGUCGUCACAGACACCGGCUGGGCAGAGGGUAGUGCAGGGAGUUCUGCGCCGCGUACCGGCUCCCCUGGGGGCCCGGCCGGUAGGGUGCGGCCACCCCCUCCUCCUCCCUCCCCUCCACCGCUUCCCUAGUGGUCGCGUCCGGCUCCAGCUGACCGGCCUGGAAUCCCGGCCGGGAGCCCCGCGCCCCCCGCCCCGCCGCUCCCGCCGCCCAGCGCACCGGCCCUGCCAUGGGUGACGCCGGCAGCGAGCGCAGCAAGGCGCCCAGCCUGCCGCCGCGCUGCCCCUGCGGCUUCUGGGGGUCCAGCAAGACUAUGAAUCUCUGUUCCAAAUGCUUUGCUGAAAAAAGAAAUCCACACAACGAAAAAGAUUUCCAGAAGAAGCAGCCAGAUGAUGACUCUACUCCCAGCACAAGCAGCAACCAGUCAGAUUUGUUCUCUGGAGAAACAAAUAGUGACCACAGCAAUACCUCUCUAACCACACAGGCCGCUAACUCCAACCAGCAACUUUUGACAGAACUGAAUGUGACUUCACCGAGCAAAGAGGAAUGUGGGCCAUGCACAGGUACAGCUCAUGCCUCAUUAACCACGCCAACCAAAAGAUCUUGUGACUCAGAUUCCCAGUCGGAGAGUGAGGCUUCCCCUGUGAAGCGGCCGCGGCUCCUGGAUGACAGUAAUGACAGGCCUGAGGAAAGCAGCCGAUCCAAACAGAAGAGCAGGCGCCGAUGCUUCCAGUGCCAAACGAAACUGGAGCUAGUACAGCAGGAACUGGGAUCUUGUCGCUGUGGUUAUGUGUUCUGUAUGUUACAUCGCCUGCCUGAACAACAUGACUGCACUUUUGACCACAUGGGACGUGGGCGUGAGGAAGCCAUUAUGAAAAUGGUGAAACUGGAUCGGAAAGUAGGGAGAUCUUGCCAACGUAUCGGUGAAGGAUGUUCCUGAGUGCAAGACUGCAACCAAAUGCUGUUCUCUUAGUUCACUAAUGUUAGCCUUAUUUAGGACAAAGUCAGCCAGACACCUUGUACUAGGCAAGUUUCAGACUACAGCCAAUCAGUUUCCUUUCUUUAGCCAACCAUCCUGGUUCUGUAGUUUAGGGAUUGAUGGUGAUUGAAAUUGAUUUCUGGCUGGUUACUAAGGUGCCUGCUAGCCACCCUAUUAAGAAAAACAAAAACACACACAAAAUAAAAAGGAAAACCACAAAGAAAUACUAUUUUUGAGCAUAGCUAGUGGAUUUAAACAAAACAAGAAAAAUCCAAAGGCUUCUGUUACUGCUGGAGUCACUCUAAAAGCCUUAUGCUGGGAACAUUCCAGCUGCAGGGUUAAAACAAAUAGUUGUAUAGAGGCUGGUGUAAAAUUUUGCUAUGCACAUGGCUUUUGGACAAACUGUUAAUGUGCAACCUUUCACUUCUUCACUGCUAGCCAAUCCUGAGGAGGUGAAAUACUACUCAGAGCAGCAACUGCAGCUGCUUAAGGCCAGAAGACCUGACCGGUCACUCGUGCCUUCAUCGCGUGUGACUUUUUGAGUUAGGCAGUGUCACCAGCAUCAGGGAUUCUAUUGGGGUAGGAACAUCUUUCUGGUUCUUCCCAGGAAGCCAAAAAAGAAAAGGGGACAGAGAUUCUUAUAAAAAAUUUUUAUAUCUAUCUUACUAUAGAGAACCUAUCAGGGUUUGAUUGUUUUGGGCCUUUUUUGUUGUUGAUCAUUUGUUUUUUUCCUUCUCAGUUAAAUUAUGACCUCACCUUACAGCCAACUCCAUCCCAGAGCAGUAAAUGGUGCAUGCUUUUUACAUGGCAUCGGCAGAGAUUGUACAACUUACCUGAACAGAUGCCACACACCUUGAGCAGUGCAGCAGUUCCCACCGGCCGAAACCUGAUUGGCUCUUGUUUGCCUUUUGCUAAGUGCAGGUAUCUGAUAAUUGAUCAAAUAAGGCUAAUUCACAGCACAGUAGCCAUGGCUGGAUUCUACAGACUGACUUCCUGUAGCUAGAGUUAUAUAUUGAGGAAAAAAAAAAGGACAUUUUGUAGCAAACGGAAUUCAGGAACAGUAUUGGGGAACAACCAGUGCAACGCCCCUUAGCAGCUGAGUUUGUGUUCCUCACCUGCAGAGCGUCAGUGAGAUAAUCAAACGGGCUCUCCCAGCCCUCUGUCUAUGCAGCUCAGCGCUCCCGCGAAAAUCCCUGCCCACAUCGAUUGCAAUGCAAGCAUAGCAAGUGAAUGUGAAAAGCAUUCCAUGGAGUAGGAUGCUUUGGAUCCAUUUAGGCCUAUGGGUCUGUGUUACGGCGUCAGGCGGAGCUGAGCUGAACCGCACCACUCUUGUCAGCCCGGACACACGGAAGAGCUCACCUAGAGAUGGGUAUGUCUCCUGCUGCACACAGGGGCUUUAUGCAGGUGAAAACGAUUUGUACUGAUGCGGCCCAGCUUAAUCCUGAGUGAAUUUAGCUUCUCGGUCUGUUAGUAAGGUAUUAACAAUCAGGGAAGGUUGUUAGGAAACCUGAGGGAGGGAAAGAUUUUUGUUUCAUCUUCAAAUCCUGGGCAGAUACAAAACAUCAGAAGGGUGAAGUAACAAUGUCACUUGAAAAACUGCAGCGUUUUAGGACUAAGCUUGUAUGAGUCAUUCUCUGUUCUCUAUGUUGCAGGUAACUAACUCCUUACAGGCCAAAUUAUAUUGUUACUUCGCUAGCCAGCUAGGAGCAUUAACAAGGAGACAACUAAUUUAAGAAAAGAAUAAUAUAUAUGUCUCUCCACACAAGUGCAGCAUCUGACUGUAUUAGCGUUAAUUAACCAUGAAGCAAAUCAAAGUGUCCCAUCGUUAGAAGGUUCAAGCUGGUUUUGGUUUUCGUUUGGAGGGUUUUUUUUGGUUGUUGUUGUUAUUGGUUAUUGUUGUUAUUAUUUGAGAAUUUGAAAUUGGCAGCAGAAUCCUCUGUGACGUGCUGCCUUUCCAGGAAGUGGUCCUGGUGAGAGGGACUGUCCAAGGAUGUUACUUACAUUUGCCGUGAGGCGUUCAAAAACCCACGAGUCUUGGCGGCUGCUGUGAUACGCACUUUCUUUUCCUAUGAGAUCCUACCAUAGCAUUUGAUGGGCAUUCUGAUUGAUACCAAGACUUUCUGCAUUAAUACUGAAGAUGCUAUUUUGAUCCUCCUUAAUAUUCUCUUUAAUCUUCUUAGAAGUGCACAGAUGGUUUCAAGUUGGCUCUUGAGAGAACACUAAAAGUUCACGUGGAUUACGGAUGACGUUCACUCUAAACAAAGCGUCGGGAAGGGGUUGUUCCUCUGCAGUAUCUGUUCUGUGAAGUUUGUUAAACGUAAAGAAAGCUUCAGUUCUUGUAUCUUAAAAGAAGAUCUUAUUUAACCCUUUUGUGUUCUAGAUUUACUUACACAUGUAGCCUAGAGCUCAGUUUUAGUUUAACAUUGUGAAAAUAUUAAAAGAAUCUUGUAACUUUAUUCUUUUUCCUCCUGCUAAAAAAAAAUUAAACCAAUCAGAUUAAAGUUUGAAUUCCUUUCUGCCUACGCUAGCAGGUCUUACUGUUUUGCACCAUUUCUGUUGCAAGUUUAUGUAAGAAACAAGAAUGGGGGGAAAUGCCAAUGGUGGGCCAGUAACUCAAAGCUGAAUUUACAGUUGGUUGAAGGUGGACAGUAUUUGGUCAGUUUGGAAGGGGAAGUGAUGUCUGCUGGGUUCAAAUUUAAUGAUUUAUUUUGUAAGCAAAUCUGGCUAAAUCUGCUGUGGCCUGGAUAUUGGUCAGUUUAAUUUUGGCAUUAGAUAAUCAAAUAAACAGGUUGUUCAUACUCUUAA